GUCUCGCAUUUCCAGCAACGCUUGUUAAGAUACCCAAAGCAGCUGUGCUCUCAGUACGAUCGUGUUCUCUCUCUCGACACAUCAGUCCAGUACCUUAUGGCCACGGAGCGCAUCUUUCCCUGGCUCUGGCUCUUUAUGGCGAGCUGUGAAUCUUCGAAGUGGUAUGGAUAUCUUCAGUCACUACCCGCGGCUACCGUCGACCUUGCUCUCUUCUGGGGAACGGAGCAAAGCCGCCUGCUAUUUGAUGCUGCAGCAAUCGCAGAUGGCAUCGAGGCCAGCGCAUGGCUACAAGGUACUGAAGUUGAGAAAGAACUGCGGAACAGCGAGACUGGAGAAUAUCUUUUGAAAGAAAUUGAUGAUUACUACGAUACGGUCGUUCUCCCACUGUCGGAAGGACUGGGCUUGUCGACUACAAUCGCAGGAUAUUACCGGGCGUACUCUCUGGUAUCUUCUCGUGCUUUCCUGGUGGAUGCAUACCAUGGCCUUGCCAUGGUGCCGAUCGCUGAUGCCUUUGAUCAUGCAAACGAAAACCAUGUGCAUUUGGAGAGCGAUUUCGACGUUUGCGUGGUCUGUGGCGCGCUGGAUGAAUGUCCACAUGAUAGUGAGACUUGGGACGCGUCCCCCCGGGGCUCGUCUUCGUCACCUAUGACGAGCAGACUGGGCUUGCUCUCGUCCGAGAUUGCGCCGUCGACGUCCGCCGACUGUCCAUCAAGGUAUGAUGCGGACAACACGUGUGACAUGGUUUCAAAUAUCCCCGUAAUUGCCGAUACAGAGGUCUUCAAUACCUACGGCGAACGGCUUUCAAACGCCUCCUUGCUAGUGCGUUAUGGCUUCAUGAUUGAAGGCAAUGAAUGGGACUCCGUAGCGUGGACUCUGGAAGAUGUUUCAUCUUCUCUAUCUGGCUUUGACGAAUGCCCUCUUCUCCAGGCUACGAUGGGCGACAAUGUCAGUAGUGACUUUAUCCCGUCGUGGUCGGCCAUUUUGCAACGUUGGGAACCUCGCGACACAUGGACUGAUUCAAAUUUGGUUUUCUGCUCUGAUUUCCUUGGGGUUUCGGAAAUGCAAGACUCGCAUUCCUCCGCAGGCCGCAAACCACUGCAGAGUCCUGCGGCAGGUGAAGGGUCCUCGGCUGGCUCGAGGCCGCACUUCGAAGACCUCGAGAAGAUGCUAUCCCUCAACGAAGAUGGCAAAAUCAGUCAUCAGCUCUGGGUUUUCUGCGCCCUUGCGGUUCUGAAUCAAAGGGAGGGGCGCCGGAGAUUGGAUGUGCUCGAGAAAGUGGACGCGCUCACACGGCUGGCUGUCGCGCAGCUGGACGUGGAGACGCAAAUCUUCGAAGACUGCGAUGACAUGGUAUCUGAUUCUGAUGAUCCUGACACCGAGGUUCGGGCAUCUGCAAGUGUCGACCGAGGUCCGAGGCAUCCGAGGGAGCAAAGCCCAUCGAAGGAAUUACUCUUCCAGGUGGGGCAGACGGUCGAGCGCGUGUGUGCCUAUCGCUUGAGCAAGAUGCAGCGGGCGGCCAACAUGAGCUGCUCACAAGUGGCUGAAGCUCUGGAUGACGUUCCCCGAUGCAAGCCUCGAACGCGACUGGCAAUGACGCAGGUGAUCAACGAGAUGUCUUUACUGGAGACUUGUAUUUCCUUGUGGAAGCAGGUGGCGCCGUAGUCAGGAUAUCUUCUGGGGCCGACUCUUCGCAUGCAC